AGCGGAGCGAGGCUGGACGGCGGCAGCCGCAGCUGGAUGUCCGGGCUCAGGGCGCUGCUGGGGCUCGGCCUGCUGGUCUCUUCGGGCUCUCGGCUGGUGGCGGCGGGCGGGGGGCGCUGCCCGGUCCAGCGGGGGCCUCCUGCGGGGAUCUGGGGCGCAGCGGGGGCCGGGGGCGCAGGCCGGGGGCGCAGCAGCAGCGCCAUGCAGAACCCGGGGCGCAGCGGGGUCAAGUACCUCAGCCAGGAGGAAGCACAAGCCAUCGAUCAAGAGCUCUUCUCGGAGUACAAGUUCAGCGUCGACCAACUCAUGGAGCUGGCGGGGCUGAGCUGUGCGACGGCCAUUGCCAAGGCCUAUCCACCCAGCUCCUUCACCAAAAGCCCGCCCGCGGUGCUGAUCGUCUGUGGCCCGGGGAAUAACGGAGGGGACGGCUUGGUCUGUGCCAGGCACCUGAAGAUGUUUGGCUACGAGCCGAGCGUGCAUUACCCCAAGCGGCCCGGCAAAGCUCUGUUUGAAGGAUUGACAACUCAGUGCCAGAAGAUGGACAUUCCCUUUCUCUCGGAGUUCCCGUCAGAGGCUAUGCUGAUUGAUGAGCUGUAUGGCUUGGUGGUGGAUGCUAUUUUUGGAUUCAGCUUCAAGGGAGCCGUGCGGGAACCUUUUGGCAGCAUCCUCAGGACCUUGGAGCAAGUCACCGUCCCCGUCGCCAGCAUCGAUAUCCCCUCCGGCUGGGACGUGGAGAAAGGCAGCCCCGACGGCAUCCAGCCCGACAUGCUCAUUUCUCUCACUGCCCCCAAGAAGGCUGCGCAGCAUUUUGCUGGCCGCUAUCACUUCCUGGGGGGCAGGUUUGUGCCAAUGGCUCUGCAGCAAAAAUACUCACUUAAUCUGCCGCCCUACCCCGAGACUGACUGCAUCCUGCAGUUACCCUAGCCGGGGCCAGGCAGGAUCGGCUUUAUCCAAAAUCUGAACGACAGGGGGGGAUUGGAUUGUGAAGCAGAGACGAGUCCUGCCCAGUGUUUG